AUGGGCAUUGGCUUUUCUAUUUUAUUUCUGUCCCUUUUUGGGAUUUGUCUUCGCGGUUUGUCUGGGAUGUCAUUGGAGGAUGUGGUUUUUAUGAGAGAGAGAAGAGUUUGGAUGGUGGGGCUGGGACCAUUCUUGGGCGAUAGGAUUACAAUGGUUUUGGAGGGGAAUAACUCCAAACGGGCGAACGGCUUUUCUUUGGAGCAGCGCAUGCAAAGCAGGGUAAAAGUCGAUGAGAUGCAGCUGGGUCCGCGUCCGCGGUACGGACGUUAUGCACGUGACGGCAUACCGGGGAUGAUUACAACUUGUCGUGUAGGAGUGCGUCGUUUCUUAUUUCAAGUCAACCGUUCUUCUGGGGUUGCGACGUUGGCGGUUGAGAUCAAAAGGGGGGGGGAAGAGGUUUCUGUGUGA